AUGUCAUCCAGACUAAUUCCAUUAUUGUUAUUGCUAUUCUUUACUUCCCUCAUUGUUACCAUUCAAGCUGAUGAAACCUCUGUCGAACAACAAGUUGUUGUGAGUUAUAUCAAAAUAGACACUCCAACCACUUCACUCGAAAGUGGAUCUCAAUUGACAGGAACAGUCACUGCCUAUGACAGCAAUGGAAACGUUGCACCUCUUUCUGGAUAUUCCAUUUCGAUUGGAGCAGCAAGUUCUGGAGCAACUGUGCAAGGCACUACUCGAUCGACUCUUCAAAACGGUGUCGCCAAUUUCGCCAUUUCCAUCACCACAAGUAUUACUUCAGAUGUCAUGUUAAGUGCUGUCUUGGUGUAUGGUAGUUCUUAUUAUUCAUUUACGAAGAAUUUGCGUGUGAAUAAUAGACAGGGGGAGAAUAAGGAUUUUACAGAGUAUUGGGUGGGUCAAUGGAGUGUUCAACCUGGUUGUAAUCCUUCGACUUGUUGUUGUAUGGAUGGACAAGUGACAGCUACUCGUUCUGGCUUGAAUUUAGUUCAGUUAGAGUCUAACGUGAAGGGCAUGUGUGGUGGAGUAACUUCAACCACUUUUUAUGUUGGAAAUAUUAACUCUUAUUAUACCAUAUAUGGAACUGUUGGAGCUGACCCUUUCACUCUUCAAAAGACUGGCAAGACCAUUCAAAUGACCAACAUGGCCAAUAAUGCAUGUAGUGGAAGCGCUAUUUGUACAACAGCUUGUCCUCGUUCCAAUGCAUCUACGUUGAGAAUUUCAAAGAUGGUUGUCAUGAUAAUAGUUCUCGUUUCAUUCCUUGUCAUGGUUCUUUAA